ACCUAAGAAGACCAAAAUUCGUUCCCGCGCUUGCUCUUCUAUAGUUACCGAAAAAGCAAGUGAGAGAAGAAACCAGAAAAACCGCAAAACGAAGCAAAAGAAAGAGAGAGAAGAUGUGUGGACGGUGCCGCUGCAGUAUACGGGCAGACGACGUUCCUAGGGCUUGCCAUAUUCGUAACACUUCCGUGCGCCAAGUUGAUGUUCAUCGGUACCGGCCAGCGAAUAAUGUCUCACCGGGUUCUUACAUGCUGGUACUUCGCCGUGAUAGUGGAGGAGACGAGGGUUACACUGCAGCUGUACAUUGUAUGAAGUGGGGGUUAAUUCCUAGCUUCACCAAGAAGGAUGAGAAACCUGAUUACUAUAAGAUGUUCAAUGCAAGGUCUGAAUCAAUUGGGGAAAAGGCCUCAUUUCGUCGGCUUAUUCCUAAAAAUCGGUGCCUUGUUGCUGUUGAAGGGUUUUAUGAAUGGAAGAAAGGUCCGAAGAAGCAGCCAUACUACAUACAUUUUAAUGAUGGCCGUCCUUUAGUGUUUGCUGGCCUCUAUGAUUCCUGGAAAAAUUCAGAAGGAGAAAUUAUCUAUACAUUUACCAUUGUAACUACUGAUUCAUCGUCAGCUCUAAAGUGGCUACAUGAUAGGAUGCCUGUUAUCCUGGGAGAUGAAGCCUCAACUGAUAUAUGGCUGAAUGGCUCUUCAGAUACCAAGUUCAAUUCAUUUCUUAAACCAUAUGAAAAGGCAGAUUUGGUCUGGUAUCCAGUGACCCAGGCAAUGAACAAGGCAUCAUUUGAUGGUCCUGAAUGCAUCAAGGAGAUACAAUUGAAAUCUGAGGAGCAGUCUAAUCCUAUCACGAAAUUUUUCUCCAAGAAAGGGACAAAUGAUGAUAAGGAAUCAGAUAAGUCCAUCAAGAGCUCAAUUAAGGAGUCUACCAAGAAUGAUCUGCCGAGCGAUGUUAAGGUGGAAGCUGAGGCGCAAUCAAGUUUGGAACUCUCUUCAUCCAGUGGAAGGACAUGCACUGAGACAAAGCCUGAUGUUUCCACUCUCUUUCCUGGCUCUGACUCUAAGGUUGAGGCGAAACGGGAUUAUGAUCGGUUUCUGACUGAUUCAAAGCCGAGCAGCAAUGAACUUGGUAAGAUAGCUCAGACUCCAAUAAAGAAGAGUAAAGUUAAGAGUGGAGCUGAGAAGCAGGCCACACUGAGCUCAUACUUUACUAAAAGCUAGUGGUUUAUGCUUCUGUAUUUCUGUUUGUAUGUUGUAAGUUGUGGCAUAUGUGCAUAUCACACUGCUUGCUGUGAGGAGUUGAGGACUGAGGAGUCCAUGAUCUCAGACAUGAGGGUUUUUAUUUCAUCUUCCUCCCAUGUCAUUUCGAAGUUCGAAGCUGUAUCCUGAUUCCUGUAAUUUUGUCUGAAUCUUUUUUUUUUUUUUUUUGGGAUCUUGUUUGGCUGUACAAUAUUGGUGGGUGAAAGAAAUGAUUUCUGAUUUUGUAUUAAUGUUUGGCAAGUAAUCUUUUGCUACUAAUACAUUCUAAAUUGGCUGCAAACUCAAUCGUUGUCUUUAAUCGAGUUAGGUAGCACAUACGUUUGUAAGUUUAGUAGUGCUCGAUGUCCGAGGUGUUUUUGUUGAAAGGAAAUGGAGCACAGGAAGGAAAAGUCCCACAUUGCUGCCAGAGCAGUUUCUUACUUUGUUUAUAUUGUGCAUGCUACAUGUAAGCAUUGUCUCUUCGGAGACAUCUGAUAAAAUUGGAACGAUACAGAGAAGAUUAGCAUGGCCCCUGCGCAAGGAUGACACGCACAAAUCGAGAAAUGGUCCAAAUUUUUUUAACUAAAAA